UGCCACUAAAAAGUUGACAUUAACCUGCAUAGAUGGCGUCGUUACCACCGGGGAAUCCACCUCCUCCGCCUGGAUUUGAGCCUCCAAAUCAACCUCCACCACCCCCUCCUGGGUAUGCUAAGAAGAAAAAACCAAAAGCACCAGUUCCUGGCGGUAAUUUGGAAAAGCACUUGAGUGAGCGUAACCGAAAAUGGCACGCUUCCCAAAAAAGUAAGUUUGGACCUAAAAGGAAGCAAGGUUUUGUUCAAACGGAGAAAGCUGAUCUUCCUCCCGAACACUUACGCAAAAUUAUGAAGGAGCGCGGCGACAUGGCAUCUAAAAAGUUUCGUGCCGAUAAGCGUUCCUAUUUGGGUGCACUUAAGUAUUUACCUCAUGCUGUUUUAAAAUUGCUUGAAAAUAUGCCAAUGCCAUGGGAAGAGUACAGAGAAGUACGUGUUCUGUACCAUGUUACAGGUGCUAUUACUUUCGUGAAUGAGAGCCCCCGUGUAAUUGAGCCUCAUUAUAUAGCACAAUGGGGAUCCAUGUGGGUUAUGAUGAGACGAGAAAAGCGUGAUAGAAAAAAUUUUAAACGUUUACGAUUUCCUCCAUUUGAUGAUGAGGAACCCCCAUUUUCAAUUGAUCAGCUACUAGAUUUAGAGCCCUUAGAGGGCGUGCGUAUGGACCUAGAUGAAGAAGAAGAUGCACCUGUCUAUGAUUGGUUUUAUGAUACCCGUGCUCUUGAGGAUACUCCUCACAUCAAUGGUCCUACUUAUAGAAAAUGGCAUCUAAAUCUUCCGCAAAUGGCGAAUCUACAUCGUCUAUCGUAUCAGCUUUUAAGCGAUUUAAGAGAUGAUAAUUAUUUUUACUUGUUUAAUGAUCAAAGCUUCUUUACUGCGAAAGCUUUGAAUGUGGCGAUACCUGGUGGACCCAAGUUUGAACCAUUAUACAAAGAUGAAGCCCCUGAAACCGAGGACUGGAAUGAAUUUAAUGAUAUUUAUAAACUUAUUAUUAGACAGCCGAUUCGAACAGAAUACAGAAUUGCUUAUCCUUUUUUGUAUAACUCUAGAGCCAGAAGCGUCGUACUGAGUGAAUAUCAUCAGCCUACAAAUGUAUUCAUUCCACCGGAAGACCCAGAUUUGCCCGCCUUUUUCUGGGAUCCAUUAAUUAAUCCUAUAACUUCACGCCAGUUACGAUCUCAGGAACUUCCGAUUUCACAUGAGGAUGAAACACUUAAUAACGAGGACGAAUUUGAGGUUCCUUUCGAUCCAUUCUUCGUUGAUGAAGACUUGGAGUUUGAGCAUACUGCUAAUGCGUUGACGUUGUGGUGGGCUCCUUAUCCCUUUAACAAACGUUCUGGUAUCACCAAGCGAGCACAAGAUGUGCCCUUGGUAAAGCAAUGGUACUUGGAACAUUGUCCACCUAACCAGCCGGUUAAAGUUCGUGUAUCAUACCAGAAGCUGUUAAAGUCACAUGUAAUGAAUAAGCUUCAUACACCUCAUCCAAAAUCGCAUACAAACAGGAAUUUGUUUAGACAGUUAAAGAACACCAAAUUUUUUCAGAGUACAACCAUUGACUGGGUUGAAGCUGGUCUUCAAGUUUGUCGUCAAGGUUAUAACAUGCUUCAAUUAUUAAUCCACCGCAAGGGUCUUACUUACUUGCAUCUGGAUUAUAACUGUAAUCUAAAACCAACUAAAACUCUCACAACCAAGGAAAGAAAGAAGUCGAGAUUUGGUAAUGCUUUUCAUUUGAUGCGAGAAAUUCUCCGACUUACGAAAUUGAUCGUGGACUCUCAUGUCCAGUAUCGUUUAGGAAAUAUUGAUGCUUACCAGUUAGCCGAUGGUUUGCAUUAUACCUUUAACCAUAUUGGUCAACUAACAGGCAUGUAUCGUUAUAAGUAUCGCUUAAUGAGACAAAUCCGAGCUUGUAAGGAUUUGAAGCAUUUAAUUUAUUAUCGUUUUAACACUGGACCUGUUGGUAAAGGACCCGGUUGCGGAUUUUGGGCUCCAAGUUGGCGUGUUUGGCUUUUCUUUUUGAGAGGUAUCGUUCCUUUAUUAGAGCGUUGGUUGGGUAAUUUGCUUGCUAGACAAUUUGAGGGUCGUCAUGCCACUGGUGUUGCUAAACAGAUUACGAAGCAACGUGUUGAUUCUCAUCAAGAUUUGGAAUUGAGAGCAGCUGUCAUGAACGAUAUUCUUGAUAUGAUUCCUGAAGGUAUUCGCCAAGGCAAAAGCAAGACUAUUCUACAACACUUGAGUGAAGCUUGGAGAUGUUGGAAAGCUAAUAUUCCUUGGAAGGUUCCAGGAUUACCGGCUCCUAUAGAAAAUAUGAUCCUUCGUUAUGUGAAAUCGAAGGCUGAUUGGUGGACUUCAGUCGCUCACUUUAAUCGGGAACGUAUUCGUCGUGGCGCAACUGUUGACAAGACAGUAGCGAAGAAGAAUUUGGGAAGACUAACUAGAUUAUGGCUGAAGGCAGAGCAAGAACGACAGCACAAUUACCUGAAAGACGGACCUUAUGUUACAGCUGAUGAAGCCGUCGCUAUAUAUACCACUGUCGUUCAUUGGUUAGAAAGCCGCCGUUUUCAGCCAAUUCCCUUUCCCCCGUUGUCUUACAAACAUGAUACUAAACUUCUAGUUUUAGCACUGGAAAGAUUAAAGGAGGCAUAUUCCGUUAAAGGCCGCUUAAAUCAGUCUCAAAGAGAAGAAUUGGCAUUAGUUGAACAAGCUUAUGACAACCCUCAUGAGAUGUUAUCCCAAAUUAAGAGACGUUUACUUACGAUGCGGACUUUUAAGGAGGUUGGCAUUGAAUUCAUGGAUAUGUACUCCCAUCUAAUUCCAGUAUAUUCUGUUGAUCCAAUGGAAAAGAUUUGCGAUGCCUAUUUAGACCAAUACCUAUGGUUUGAGGCAGACCGCCGUCAUUUGUUCCCUUCUUGGAUUAAACCUGGUGAUUCUGAACCUCCCCCGCUUCUCGUAUAUAAGUGGUGCCAGGGAAUUAAUAAUUUAACUGAUGUUUGGGAAACCCAAAAUGGUGAAUGUAAUGUAUUGAUGGAGUCAAGUUUAUCGAAAUCGUUUGAAAAAGUUGAUUUAACACUUUUAAAUCGACUUUUGUCAUUGCUUAUGGACACUAAUCUUGCAUCUUACGCGAGCGCUAAAAACAAUGUCGUGUUGUCUUACAAGGAUAUGUCUCACACGAAUUCUUAUGGAUUAGUUCGCGGUCUUCAAUUUUCAAGUUUCAUCUGGCAAUUCUAUGGACUAGUAUUGGACUUGCUCAUUCUGGGUCUUCAGAGAGCUACUGAGAUUGCUGGCCCCCCUGAAUCACCCAAUGAUUUUUUGCACUUCAAAGAUCAGGCUACAGAGUGUAAACACCCAAUUCGUCUAUAUACAAGAUAUAUUGAUCGUAUUUACAUAAUGUUCAGGUUCAGUGCGGAUGAAGCUCGUGAAUUAAUCCAACGCUUUUUGAAUGAGAAUCCAGAUCCUACAAAUAGCAAUAUUGUCAACUAUUCAAAAGGAAAGAAGAAUUGUUGGCCAAGGGAUGCCCGUAUGCGUCUGAUGAAGCACGAUGUUAAUUUAGGCCGUGCAGUCUUCUGGGAAAUACGUAAUCGUUUGCCCCGUUCGUUGACCACUCUGGAUUGGGAGGACACAUUUCCUAGUGUUUACAGCAAAGACAAUCCCAAUUUGUUGUUUGCUAUGGCUGGAUUUGAACUUCGAAUCCUUCCUAAAGUCAGACAAAAUGAAGAAUUUACUUUACGAGAUGGUGUUUGGAACUUGACGAAUAACUUAACCAAAGAAAGAACAGCGCAAGCAUUUAUUCGUGUCACUGACGAAGACAUUAAAAAGUUUAGCAACCGUAUUCGUCAAAUCCUCAUGUCUUCUGGUUCAACCACAUUUACGAAGAUUGCUAACAAGUGGAAUACAGCAUUAAUUGCUUUAAUGACUUACUAUCGUGAAGCUGCCAUUUCGACUCCGGAAUUGUUGGACGUGCUUGUGAAAUGCGAAUCUAAAGUUCAAACUCGAGUAAAAAUCUCUCUCAAUUCUAAGAUGCCUAGCCGGUUUCCACCAGCUGUAUUCUAUUCACCCAAAGAACUUGGUGGCUUAGGUAUGCUUUCAAUGGGUCACGUGUUAAUUCCGCAAUCCGAUUUACGCUGGUCUAAACAAACCGAUACUGGCAUUACUCAUUUCCGAAGUGGUAUGACAACAAAUGGCGAGCAUUUAAUUCCCAAUUUAUAUCGCUAUAUUCAGCCUUGGGAGUCUGAAUUUGUGGAUUCUCAGCGUGUUUGGGCCGAGUAUGCAAUGAAAAGACAAGAAGCCUUACAACAAAAUCGAAGGUUGACAUUAGAAGAUUUGGAGGAUUCAUGGGACCGCGGUAUUCCAAGAAUCAAUACAUUGUUCCAAAAAGAUAGACACACUCUUGCAUAUGACAAGGGUUGGCGUAUCCGAACCGAGUUUAAACAAUAUCAGUUGCUUAAAAACAACCCCUUUUGGUGGACUAGCCAAAGACAUGACGGAAAGCUAUGGCAGUUAAACAACUAUCGUGUCGAUGUCAUACAAGCCCUUGGUGGUGUUGAAGGCAUUUUAGAACAUACAAUGUUCAAAGCAACUGGGUUCCCUUCAUGGGAGGGUCUGUUUUGGGAAAAAGCAUCUGGCUUCGAAGAAUCAAUGAAGUUUAAGAAGCUUACAAAUGCCCAACGUUCAGGUUUAAAUCAAAUUCCCAAUCGAAGAUUCACUUUAUGGUGGAGUCCAACAAUUAACCGGGCCAACGUGUAUGUAGGUUUUCAGGUUCAGUUGGAUUUGACGGGUAUUAUGAUGCACGGAAAGAUUCCUACUUUGAAGAUUUCUCUUAUUCAAAUCUUCCGAUCUCAUCUUUGGCAAAAAAUUCACGAAUCAGUCGUUUGGGAUCUUUGUCAAGUAUUUGACCAGGAGUUAGAGUCUUUGCAGAUAGAAACUGUUCAGAAGGAAACCAUUCACCCAAGAAAGAGUUAUAAGAUGAAUAGCUCUUGUGCUGAUAUAUUAUUGUUUGCUGCAUAUAAGUGGAAUGUUUCACGUCCAUCUCUUCUUAAUGAUAAUCGUGAUGUUCUUGACAAUACGACAACUAAUAAAUAUUGGGUGGAUGUUCAACUUCGUUUUGGUGAUUAUGAUUCCCACGAUAUUGAAAGAUACACUCGUGCGAAGUUCUUGGAUUAUAGUACGGAUUCUCAAAGUAUUUAUCCGUCACCAACAGGUGUUUUGAUCGGUAUCGAUUUGUGUUAUAAUAUGCAUAGUGCUUAUGGUAAUUGGAUCCCAGGAAUGAAACCCUUGAUCCAACAGAGUAUGAACAAAAUCAUGAAGGCAAAUCCUGCCCUUUAUGUUUUACGUGAACGUAUCCGAAAAGGUUUACAGCUCUAUGCUUCCGAGCCACAGGAACAAUAUCUCUCUUCUUCAAAUUACGCUGAUUUAUUUAGCAAUCAGAUACAACUCUUUGUUGAUGACACUAACGUCUACCGUGUAACAAUCCAUAAGACUUUUGAAGGUAACUUAACCACUAAACCCAUUAAUGGUGCUAUAUUUAUUUUCAACCCAAGGACUGGUCAAUUAUUUUUGAAAGUUAUUCAUACAUCUGUUUGGGCAGGUCAGAAACGUCUUGGUCAACUGGCGAAGUGGAAGACUGCUGAGGAAGUCGCAGCUUUAAUUCGUUCAUUACCUGUUGAGGAACAACCUAAGCAGAUUAUUGUCACACGUAAGGGUAUGCUUGAUCCCUUGGAGGUUCACCUUCUUGAUUUCCCGAAUAUUACAAUCAAGGGAAGCGAACUUCAACUUCCUUUCCAAGCUAUCAUAAAAUUGGAAAGAAUAAACGAUUUAAUUCUUCGAGCCACUGAGCCACAAAUGGUACUCUUCAAUUUAUACGAUGAUUGGCUUCAAUCAGUAUCAUCUUACACUGCAUUUUCUCGUCUUAUAUUGAUAUUACGUGCUUUAAAUGUUAAUCUUGAGAAGACCAAACUUAUUCUUCGUCCGGACAAGUCAAUUAUUACGCAAGCUAACCACAUUUGGCCCAGCUUGGAUGAUCAGCAAUGGUUAGAUGUCGAACCCCAGCUUCGUGAUCUAAUUUUAGCAGAUUAUGCCAAGAAGAACAACGUAAACGUUGCUAGUUUAACAAACUCUGAAGUGCGCGAUAUUAUCUUAGGUAUGGCAAUUUCAGCACCCUCUUUACAGCGUCAACAGAUUGCUGAGAUUGAAAAACAAGGUCGUGACAAUGAUCAGGUUACAGCAGUAACGACUAAAACCACUAAUAUACAUGGUGAUGAAAUGGUUGUUACAACGACAUCAGCGUACGAAAAUGAAAAGUUUUCUAGUAAAACAGAAUGGAGAAACCGUGCCAUUUCUUCUACUAACCUUCAUCUUCGAACGAAGAAUGUCUAUGUUAACUCUGAUAACAUAAGUGAAAUUGUACCUUAUACUUACGUCUUACCGCAAAAUCUGCUUAGAAAAUUUGUGAUGAUAUCAGACCUUCGUACACAAGUUGCUGGUAUGUUAUACGGAAAAAGCCCUUCUGAUAAUCCCCAGAUUAAGGAGAUUCAUUGUAUUGCUAUGGUCCCUCAGCUGGGUAGCCUCAAGAAUGUUCAAAUUCCAUCUAAGCUCCCCGAAGAUAUGCAACUUCCUAUUUUGGAUGAUUUAGAACCUUUGGGAUGGGUCCAUACUCAAAGCUCCGAGUUACCUUAUCUAUCUUCUGCCGACGUUACUACGCAUGCCAAAUUAAGUUCCCAACAUAAGGAAUGGGCAGGAAAAUCGAUUGCAUUAACAGUCAGUUAUGUGCCGGGCUCAAUCUCUCUGGCAGCGUAUGGUGUUACUGAUGAAGGAAUCAAUUGGGGCAGUAACAAUAUGGAUAUGAACAGUGAUGAGGCUGUAGGAUUCAACCCUGAGAUGGGUCAAAAGUGUCAACUUUUGCUGUCUGACAGGAUUCAAGGGUUCUUUUUAACUCCUGAGGAGGAUGUUUGGAACUACAAUUUCAAUGGUGCAAGCUUUAGUAGUAAUAUGUCAUACGGCAUGAAAUUGGAUGUUCCGCUCUCAUUUUUUGCUUUGGAGCACAGACCUACGCAUGUUAUCAGUUAUACUGAAAUGGAAGGUAAUGAUCAGUUCGAAGAAGACAUGCCUGAUGCGUUUGCUUAAAAAGAAUAGAAAAGCCAUACCUUUAUGGUGCACAUUGUAAAUUAGGGAUUCUCUGAGUUUUAUCGAGGGUAAUGAAAAACGAAAAGUUACUAUUCUUGGGAUAAACUACAACUUUUGAUAAUGUAUAAAAUAUUUAGGUGAUUAGUUUUAUGAUUUUAGAAAUAUUAUCUACGUUUUGUUUAUAACAA